AAGAACAAACUGUAGCAUCAGUGAGAGUCAUCACUGGCAACCACCAUCAUCCCCUCAUAUCUAUCUAUCUAUCUAUCUAUCUAUACCUUAUCUACCUACCUCUCUCUUUGACAGACCUCCUAUACACUGCAUAUCGUCAUUAUCAUUGCCAACAAUACCUAUCAAUAAGCUCAUCUCAAACAAUGUCUCGACAUCACACAGGGCCGCUCUCAGCGGCCACCCUAGGAGACGGCGUCAGUCACGGAAGGCAACAACAACAACAACCACAACAACAAACACAGCAACAUCUAACAGCACCUCAACCAAAAUGGCAUUCCCCCCAGCCCACUUAUCAACACCAGCACCAACACCAACACCAGCACUCCCAACAUCAUCACCACCACCACCCCAAUCUAGCCUCCUUAGUCAAGCCCGAACACCACACCCCCAUGAACAGCCACCACCACCACCACCACAGUCACAGUGAAGCAGCCUGGUCUGCCCGCAAAAGCAGCGGCGGCAGCAGCAUGGUCUCGGCGGCCACAUCCGCCAGCUCCCGCUCGCCUUCGCCGGGCACGCAUUCGGACCUGGGGUCCAAUUGCUACGCUGCGUCCAUCAGCAGCUGGGUGACUUCGAAUCCGCCCAGUACGGCUACCGAGUGCAAUUUCCCCGAGGGCGAUUUGGAGCCGAGUGAGAGUGAGAGAGUGGGCAUGGGCAUGGGGAAUAAGUGGAAUGAUGAAACCUUAUCAUCAAGAUCCCCCAUCACCAACACCACCCCCGUCAGCCGCUUCACCGUCACCGGCGGCGGCGGCGGCGGCAACGGCGGCCGUCGUCCCGCCAAAAAGGGCCGGUAUAAUGCACCUAACGGCAUCAAUGGCGGCGGUGGCGGUGGCCCCGGCGGCGGCGGAAGCAGCAGCAGCAACAGUAGCAGCAACAGCACGUCAGGGACGCGCUCACCUUCACGUCCCAGUAGCUUACGGAACGCCCUAUUCGCCGUCGACUCUUCGGCUCCCGGCAGCGGCAGCGGCGGCGGUCACGGCCAUGGGCAUGGGCCUCAUGCCCGCUCAGCAGAGGCAAAAGACAUGAUGUCCGAUGAUGAUGACGACGACGACGAUGACGCCGACAGUGGCGAGUCAGAAGACGACGAAGACGACAUGGACAUUAUGGGCGAUUACCUUGAUGACAAUUUCUCCGAGGAAGAGGAAGAGGAAGAAGAUGACGAAGAAGAGGAAGACGACAACGACUGGUCAGGCCAAAACGGAAAUCUGGAGUCGGCGGUGAUUGAAGCCGUCAACGGGGAUCUGCCGCUGGCUGCGUAUCUGAUUCCGAUCCUGCAUCGGGAUUAUAACCUGGCGGUGAAGAAUAAGGUGGAGAGUUGGCAGUUUGGAAACAAUACGGGCUCGGGUACUACUAGCGGAGCUGCUCAUGGUGGUGGAGGGAAUAACCUGAGAGAGAGGGGCAAUUCGGAUGCGUCGAGGGGUGGGAAGUCUUCUUAUACGGAUUCUUCAGCACCUGGGGGCGGAUCUGGGGGUAACGGGAAUGGUAACUCGCGGAAGAGAAGGCGGCGGUCUAACUCGGACGGAGGAGGUAGGGAAGGAAGGGGGUUUGGCGGUGGUGGUGGUGGUGGUGCAGGAGGUGGACGAGGAAGUGGUGAGUGGGGAGGAGGCGGAGGCAGAGGUGGAGGCGGUGGUGGUGGUGAUGGUGAUGAUGGCGAUGAAGACGAGGAAAAGAACAUCGACACGGGAUCUGGCCCUGGCGUGGCUGGCAACGAGGAGUCGCAACCGAUGCUGGCGUGUCCGUUCCACAAGCGGGAUCCGGAAAAAUACGGGAUUCAGCAAACUAACUCGGCGAAUGGGAAGAAACACAAGUACAGGGCGUGUACGGGGCCGGGGUUCAAGAGUAUCCAGCGGUUAAAGGAACAUCUGAAACGGGUGCAUUCACCCGUCCAAUGUAACCGCUGCUACAAGAUCUUCCCGGGGACAGAUCGAGCAACUUGCCUGGCCAACUUAUCAGAACACCAAAAAGAAAGUGACGCGUGCGAACUGGGGGACGCGUCCAAAAAGGAAGGCAUCGACGCAGUCCAAUGGGCGGCUCUCGAGCGGCAAAACCGCAAGAAGAACCAGGAGGCGCAUAAGCUGGAGAAGUGGUUCGAGAUCUGGGACGUGCUCUUUCCCGGUGCCAAACGUCCCGAAACGCCCUGGCACGACAUCAAACCGCGCAUCACGCCCUUCUCCCCCUCUAAAGACGGUGACGCCUUCUCCAAACUCUUUCUCGACAUCCUCGACCACAAAAUCAAGCUUCAAGACAUUGACUUUGCAUCGGGAACUGACAUUGUCCGCGAGCGCCUCAAAUCUGUCGUCCAACAGACCUUCAAAGCGUACGUCUCAUUACACGGGCACCUCUCGACGGAAACCUCGUCCUCGGAGCUCUCCAACGGGCCCGGUGGACGCAACCGUCUCUCGAUCGUAGGCGGCUCCUCCACGCACCUCUCGGCGCCCGCCACGGCCGCUUCGCACCAGAUGAGCAACACCACCACAGGCACCGCCCCCACCUCCCUCGGGACCGGUACCCGGAACAACAACCCCCAACAACAACAACAACAACAGCAAAUCAACCCGUACGCGCAGCACGGUAUCCCCACGUCUCCGUUCCACUCGCACUCGCACUCGCACAGCCACUACGGCCACCCCUCACCCGCCACCACUCACCAACCGCAAUUCAUGUCCCACUCCCCCCUCACGGGCAACGGCCCCAUGGCCGUGUCCCCCCACGCGGCGGCGGCCAUGUCCGCUGUGAACGGGUACACCAUGACAGCCGAAGACCCCUCCGUGGCUUCUGCGGGUCCGGCCGCCAACUACUUUUACACCAGCUACGCCAUGUUCCCGCCGCCACCGCACCACCCAGCGGCGACGGGGACGCAUGCGGCGUGGGGAGCGCCUGGCCAGUUUGUGGCGGCCCAUCAUCCGGCGCAGUUUGGGAUGGCGCCGCAUCCAGCAGCAGCGGCACAGCAGCAGCCGCAGAUUGGGUCCGUGGGCCCGCAUCCGGGGAGUGUGGUUGGGAAUGGGGUGGGGCAGGUGACGCCGGACCAUAUGGACGUCGGGGCUUAUCAGUUUGAGGUUGAGGCGGGUGCUUUUGAUUAGGUCAGGUAUGCAAAUGACGGGUUUGUAUGAAAGGGUGGAGAAAGGGAUGGAGUGAGGUUUGUACUGGACAUGGUCAUGGUCGUUUGGUUGGUUCUGCUUUGAUGGAUGGCUCUUUUUGGUGGCGCAAGGAAGGCCGGGAGAAAGGUUAACGGCUCUGCGGUAAGCAUUUGUCAAGUAUCG